AUGAUUCUAGGCGCAGCUACUCCAGAAGUCGUGGUCCAUACAGUCGAAGCCCUAGUCGCAGCCACAGUUAUGGUAGCAGAAGCAGGAGCAAGUCUCCGAGGGCAAGAUACUCGAGCCGGUCUCCACCUGUAUCUAGGUCUGUUUCACCGCGUUCCCGUUCAGUGUCACCAGCCCGCUCCUUUUCAAGAUCUUGCACUAGGUCUAGGUCACCAAUCCCAUCGCCUCACAGUAAAAAUGAGAGAAGAACCCCACCAAACCGGAGCCCUAGGAGCAGGAGCCGGAGCCGGAGUCGCAGUUUAUCUCGUUCUCGUUCACCAUCUGUGAAAUCUGAUUGAGCACAAGGAUCACAAGCUUACAUCGUUAUAGCUGGUUGUAAUAUUUUCUUA